AUGGCCGUUAGGUCUAGAAGACCGUGGAUGGGCGUAAUUGUAGGGGUCUUUCUUGGGUUUACAGCGGCGUCUUGGCUAAUUGUCCCCAGGGUAGUGGAAAUCAGUGGGAAAAGAAAGAAGUCGUCGAUAUGCUCAUACUACAGUAAUGCUGCUGGCAUCGGUAAAGUGCCCGAAAUCAUCGGAAGCACCGCAAGUAAUGCGUUACGUAAAGACCCGGAGAAUAACCUGUCCAGCCAAGAGGGCAGUGAAGAGGAGGAAGAGAACGUUUACAAGACUGGUAACGGUAGUGGAGAUGGCGGGGGACCUAUUUCCAAACCUAAUCAUUUUCUCUAUGUCGGCGUCAUGACAGCCAAAAAGUACCUUGAUUCGCGCGCUGUGGCUGCACACAGGACGUGGACCAGUUCCAUCCCCGGGAAGGUCGAGUUCUUCUCCAGCGAGGGCUCUGAAACAAUCCCACUGCCCAUUCCUGUCCCGGUGGUGUCGUUGACAGGUGUAGAUGAUUCAUACCCGCCACAGAAGAAGUCAUUUAUGAUGUUGAAGUACAUGCACGACCAUUACCUGGAUAAAUACGAGUGGUUCAUGAGGGCAGAUGAUGAUGUCUACAUUCGAGGUGAAUUCCCUUCAUGAAAUAGUUUAUCUUUCUCUUUUAAAAUGUCUAGGGUAGGCUACAUACAUUCUUGGUCGUCUUUGAAGUUCCUUGACAGUUAUCUGUUUGACUCCUAUUCCAACUAGACAGUAGCAAGUUAGCAACAGCUGGUGAAAUAAACAUUCAUAUGUCAACUAUUCCAAACAUUUUUCAUGAGCACUUGAACAGCUUCCCUCCAGGCAUUGAGAUACAUUUUUGCAAGAUUAUCCACUCCGUCACGUACCUCCUUAUUCACACAUUUUGGGUAUUGCUACUGUACAAUGUUGCACUUGUGAAGCGUCAUUGAUGGAGUCUUGGUCCCAGAAAGCCAAACCACUGGGUACAGACGGCAGUUCAACAUCUAGUUUGAGUUGUCAACUAACGUGAAUUCAAUGUGAAAUCAACAAAAAAUUUCACCCUGUCAUUGGAUUUAGGUUAAAAGUUGGGUGAAAAAAAUACGAAAGUUAAGUCGAUUACUUUGUUCAAAUCCAAUGUAUUUUCCACGUUGAUUCAACAUCAUCACAAUAAAUGUUUUGGUUGAAAUUACGUGGAUACUACGUUGAUUCAACCAAUUUUUGCACAGUGGGAAGCCAGUUCAAUAACCCCCACCACCAACCUCUGUGGCAACAUAUCUACAACAUUGUACUUCAUACCAAUUUCAUACAGUAGGCAUAUUAGUUAUUGGUUUGUGGAUGUAACCAACAGCAUUAGUAUGUACUUUAGGGACAAACAACCACCCACUGGGCACACACUGGUUAAAUCAACCGAAUUUGUCAACAUAUUGUGACAUGGAAUCAACAUGGAAAAUACACUGGAUUUGAAAAAAGUAAUCAACCAAUACUGUUUUUAUCUAAUUUCAACCAGCAUUGUAAACAUUGAAAUUAGGGCAAAACUUAAACUUAAAUAGAUUGACUUAAGCUGACUAACCCGUUGUUACAUCAAUCUGAUUUCAACAUAAUCAUCAGAGCUAUGUAUACGUUGAAGGUUUUGAGAUUCACACAAUCAUUACCUGAAAAUAAUGAUUGAUUCAUGUCCAUGAUCAUUGACGUUUUGAGAUUCACACAGUCAUUACCUUUUAGAUUGUGUGAAUCUCAAAACCUCAAUAAUCAUGGGCGUGAAUCAUUGAGUAAAUGUACAUGCACACUAACAAUUUGAUAUUUAACUGUUAAUGGCAGAAGGCAGAUUAUGCAACAGUCGUGUAAGUACCUUACUCUGCUUAUCUUAAUUGGUGUAAGGUCAUAAUCGAAGUAAACAUAUGCUGAUUAAAACAGCUGGUUUUCUGAGCAAUCUUUCAAACUAUUAGGACAUGUAAACAGUUUCAUUGGCGUUCCAGUGGUGUGUUUGAUCUGCUCAUGUGCCAGCACCGGGUAGCGCAAGUUCGGAAAAACUGAAAAUAUGCAUCUUAUAAAUCGUUUUCACAUACAAACUUUUAUAUGUCCGAACUCAGAAUCAAAUAGUCUUCGCAAAAAUAACAUGGUCACUGUGGGAGCACGUUUAUUUUGAUUGCCGAUUUUCAGUAGCCUGAUUUCAGAUGUGUCCAUGUACACAGGAUUAUUAGGGAAAUCGUUUUAAACUUAACUAAUAUAUUAACCUGACUAUCCACAAUAAUCACAUUAUUGUGUGCAUGUAACCGUGCUCAUUGAGGCCAUGUUGAGUGGGAGCCAUCCUUGAUAAUGGUGGUGGGGGAGCUCAUGGGCUCCCGAGAGGCGCAGCGGUCUAAGGUCACUGCAUCUCAGUGCUUGAGGCAUCACUACAGACCCCCUAGUUCGAUUCCAGGCUGUACCACAACCGGAUGUGAUUGGGAGUCCCAUAGGGCGGCACACAAUUGGCCCAUCGUCGUCCGGGUUUGGCCGGUGUAGGCCAUCAUUGUAAAUAAGAAUUUGUUCUUAACUGACUUGCCUAGUUAAAUAAAGGUAAAAUAAAAAUGCCACUACAAUAGUGUAUAUCAGCUUCCCACUGGUUCAAUCAACGUUGUUUCAACGAAAUUACAGUAUGCUAGAUGUUGAGAUGACGUCUGUGCCCAGUGGGUUUUGUGUUGAGGUAAUGAAGAGGACGAAUGCUGUGGGCUGAGAGUAAGGGCAGAGAGAUGAAGCCAUGUCAUGUUGUGUAUUUGUAGAUGGGUUAUGCAAUAGCUUAAUGGAUGGUGGUAAGGGUUAGGGAGAAAUGUAACAUUAUACCAUAGCAAACAAAAGUCAACCCCCGCCUUCCCUAAAUCUAUAGAGAAAACACAAUAAAUGGACUGUAUAACUACAAUGUUAGAAUGAAGUAGAGAUGUUCCUGGGAAAAGUACAUCACUUGGACAUUUUUGUGAGAAUUGAGAAACUAGGAACUUACUGUCUCAGAUAUGACCUUUUAUAGACCUGGUAUGUUGCCUACUACUAGCUUUAUAUUAGCCUGCCUGCUACCUACUAUAGCUUUAUAUUAGCCUGCCUGCUACCUACUACUAGCUUUAUAUUAGCCUGCCUACUACUACUACUAGCUUUAUAUUAGCCUGCCUGCUACCUACUACUAAGCUUUAUAUUAGCCUGCCUUACUGCUAAUACUGGAGCUUUAUAUUAGCCUGCCUGCUACCUACUACUAGCUUUAUAUUAGCCUGCCUGCUACCUACUACUAGCUUUAUAUUAGCCUGCCUGCUACCUACUACUAGCUUUAUAUUAGCCUGCCUGCUACCUACUACUAGCUUUAUAUUAGCCUGCCUACUGGCUACUACUAGCUUUAUAUUAGCCUGCCUGCUACCUAUUACUAGCUUUAUAUUAGCCUGCCUGCUACCUACUACUAGCUUUAUAUUAGCCUGCCUGCUACCUACUAUUAGCUUUAUAUUAGCCUGCCUGCUACCUACUACUAGCUUUAUAUUAGCCUGCUUGCUACCUAUUACUAGCUUUAUAUUAGCCUGCCUGCUACCUAUACUAGCUUUAUAUUAGCCUGCCUACUGCUCCUACUCUACUACUAGCUUUAUAUUAGCCUGCCUGCUACCUACUACUAGCUUUAUAUUAGCCUGCCUACUACCUACUACUAGCUUUAUAUUAGCCUGCCUGCUACCUACUACUAGCUUUAUAUUAGCCUGCCUGCUACCUACUACUAGCUUUAUAUUAGCCUGCCUGCUACCUACUACUAGCUUUAUAUUAGCCUGCCUACUGGCUUACUACUAUUGCUUUAUAUUAGCCUGCCUACUACACUACUUACUUAUGCUUUAUAUUAGCCUGCCUACUACCUACUACUAGCUUUAUAUUAGCCUGCCUACUGGCUAUUACUAGCUUAAUAUUAGCCUGCCUACUACCUACUACUACUAGCUUUAUAUUAGCCUGCCUACUACCUACUACUAGCUUUAUAUUAGCCUGCCUGCUACCUACUACUAGCUUUAUAUUAGCCUGCCUGCUACCUACUACUAGCUUUAUAUUAGCCUGCCUACUGGCUAUUACUAGCUUUAUAUUAGCCUGCCUACUACCUACUACUAGCUUUAUAUUAGCCAGGUAGGGGUUCCAUAACCGCAGGCAGAACAGUUGAAACUGGAAUAGCAGCAAGGCCAGGCGGACUGGGGACAGCAAGGUGUCAUCAUGCCCGGUAGUCCUGACGUAUGGUCCUAGGGCUCAGGUUACUAGCUUUAUAUUAGCCUGCCUACUACCUACUACUACUAGCUUUAUAUUAGCCUGCCUGCUACCUACUACUAGCUUUAUAUUAGCCUGCCUGCUACCUACUACUAGCUUUAUAUUAGCCUGCCUACUGGCUACUACUAGCUUUAUAUUAGCCUGCCUACUGGCUACUACUAGCUUUAUAUUAGCCUGCCUACUGGCUACUACUAGCUUUAUAUUACUGCCUACUGCCUAGUACUAGCUUUAUAUUAGCCUGCCUACUGGCUACUACUAGCUUUAUAUUAGCCUGCCUGCUACCUACUACUAGCUUUAUAUUAGCCUUAUAUUAGCCUGCCUGCUACCUACUACUAGCUUUAUAUUAGCCUGCCUGCUACCUACUACUAGCUUUAUAUUAGCCUGCCUACUACCUACUACUAGCUUUAUAUUAGCCUGCCUGCUACCUACUACUAGCUUUAUAUUAGCCUGCCUGCUACCUACUACUAGCUUUAUAUUAGCCUGCCUACUACCUACUACUAGCUUUAUAUUAGCCUGCCUGCUGGCUAUUACUAGCUUUAUAUUAGCCUGCCUGCUACCUACUACUAGCUUUAUAUUAGCCUGCCUGCUACCUACUACUAGCUUUAUAUUAGCCUGCCUACAUCCUAUUGCCUACUGCCUAGAUCUUUUAUUUGAUACUCACUGUUUCUCACACAAUGCCUCUCCCAUCCAUCUAUCCAUCCAUCCAUCCAUCCAUCUACACAGGCGAAAAGCUGGAGUCAUUCCUGCGUUCUCUGAACAGCAGCCAGCCCCUGUACCUGGGUCAGACGGGCCUGGGCACAGCUGAGGAGCUGGGAAAGCUGGCCCUGGAGCCCGGGGAAAACUUCUGCAUGGGGGGCCCGGGCAUGAUCUUCAGCAGAGAGGUGCUGAGAAGGAUGGUGCCCCACAUCGGGACCUGUCUCAGGGAGAUGUACACCACCCACGAGGAUGUGGAGGUGGGCCGCUGCGUCCGCCGCUUCGGGGGGACCCAGUGCGUCUGGUCUUACGAGGUAAGAGACAAUUUGAUGUUUUGUGUGGUGAAGGGAGGGAGGCCUGGUGUUCUGUUGUGUUUCACGGAGAUGCAUUGUGCGCUCUCGACGUGGGGGGGUUUUGUCUUUAGUUUUCAAUUGACUGGUUUUUAGUGGCCUAGUGUUUUAUGCUAAUGCAUUUUUGUGGCAAAAGCCUCAAAUAGAAUGAGCUCUUACAUAGUCAUGGAUGGCAAUCGUUCUGAAGGAGACCAUUUGUAAGAAAAGUGUGUGUCUGUCUGUGUGUGUGUGUGUGUGUGUGUGUGUGUGUGUGUAUACUCCCGAGUGGCGCAGUGUUCUAAGGCACUGCAUCGCAGUGCUAUCUGUGCCACUAGAGAUCCUGGUUCGAAUCCAGGCUCUGUCGUAGCCGGCCGCGACCGGGAGACCCAUGGGGCGGCGCACAAUUUGUCCAGGGUAGGGGAGGGAAUGGCCGGCAGGGAUGUAGCUCAGAUGGUAGAGCAUGGUGUUUGCAAUGCCAGGGUUGUGGGUUCGAUUCCCACAAGGGGCCAGUAUGAAAAAAUAAAUACAAUAAUAAUAAUGUAUGCACUCACUAACUGUAAGUUGCUCUGGAUAAGAGUGUCUGCUAAAAUGUACGUGUGCGCAUGUUUGUAUUCCCGGUGUGUGUGUCCUUUGGCAACCACCUUGGGCUGAACCAUCAUGUGUCAGUGGUCGUCAGAACAUCCUUUAUUUUCCCAGCAAUUGGGACUCUCUCUAAUGGCAAAUCCAUUCCCUCCAAAUAUGUUAUCUCCUGUGGGCCUGAGAGGAAAGAUUUGGCCUCAUGACAAAUGGAUGUAGUGAGAGAUUUGUCUGCUCUCGAUUGCUAAGUGGUGAAAUAGUGUACUCUACAUGCCACUGCUGUUGAAGACCAAUUUUUUUACAGUAAUUCGACAUUAUUUUUUUAUGACUACCUCAUCUCUGUACCCCACACAUACAAUUACACUAUACAGUGAGGGGAAAAAAGUAUUUGAUCCCCUGCUGCUUUUGUACGUUUGCCCACUGACAAAUAAAUGAUCAGUCUAUAAUUUUAAUGGUAGGUUUAUUUGAACAGUGAGAGACAGAAUAACAACAAAAAAAUCCAGAAAAAACGCAUGUCAAAAAUGUUAGAAAUUGAUUUGCAUUUUAAUGAGGGAAAUAAGUAUUUGACCCCCUCUAUAUCAGAGAGAUUUCUGGCUCCCAGGUGUCUUUUAUACAGGUAACGAGCUGAGAUUAGGAGCAUCAAUCAAUCAGAUUUCAAACUCUCCACCAUGGCCAAGACCAAAGAGCUCUCCAAGGAUGUCAGGGACAAGAUUGUAGACCUACACAAGGCUGGAAUGGGCUACAAGACCAUCGCCAAGCAGCUUGGUGAGAAGGUGACAACAGUUGGUGCGAUUAUUCGCAAAUGGAAGAAACACAAAAUAACUGUCAAUCUCCCUCGGCCUGGGGCUCCAUGCAAGAUCUAACCUCGUGGAGUUGCAAUGAUCAUGAGAACGGUGAGGAAUCAGCCCAGAACUACACGGGAGGAUCUCAAGGCAGCUGGGACCAUAACACACCACGCCGUGAAGGACUGAAAUCCUGCAGUGCCCGCAAGGUCCCCCUGCUCAAGAAAGCACAUAUACAUGCCCAUCUGAAGUUUGCCAGUGAACAUCUGAAUGAUUCAGAGGAGAACUGGGUGAAAGUGUUGUGGUCAGAUGAGACCAAAAUCGAGCUCUUUGGCAUCAAUUCAACUCGCCGUGUUUGGAGGAGGAGGAAUGCUGCCUAUGACCCCAAGAACACCAUCCCCACCGUCAAACAUGGAGGUGGAAACAUUAUGCUUUGGGGGUGUUUUUAUGCUAAGGGAACAGGACAACUACAGAUGUGUGCAAACCUGGUGGCCAACUACAAGAAACAUCUGACCUCUGUGAUUGCCAACAAGGGUUUUGCCACCAAGUACUAAGUCAUGUUUUGCAGAGGGGGUCAAAUACUUAUUUCCCUCAUUAAAAUGCAAAUCAAUUUAAUACAUUUUUGACAUCCGUUUUUUCUAGAUGUUUUUGUUGUUAUUCUGUCUCUCACUGUUCAAAUAAACCUACCAUAAAAAUGAUAGACUGAUCAUUUCUUUGUCAGUGGGCAAACGUACAAAAUCAGCAGGGGAUCAAAUACUUUUUUCCCUUACUGUAUAUACAAAAGUAUGUGGACACUCCUUCAAAUUAGUGUUUUACAGUACAUCUGUAGCUCAAUUGGUAGAGCAUGGCGCUUGUAACCCCAGGGUAGUGGGUUCGAUCCCCGGGACCACCCAUACGUAAAAAUGUAUGCACACAUGACUGUAAAUCGCUUUGGAUGAAAGCGUCUGCUAAAUGGCAUAUUAUUAUAUUAUCGGCCAAUACAUAUUUACUAUAGUGUUAUUUGAUAGAUUAUGUUGACAUAGGUUUUAUUUGACAGUGUUAUGCUGACAAACUACAUUUCAGUGUAAAAGGGGUCAUUUUGCCUGUGUAGUGCAUUCCACUGUAAGGAUUUUUACACAUUUUCUUGAUUUUUAGAAAAUAGACCUGAAGCGUAAUUUACGCUUUAGACUCCCGAGCCUCCAGCGUCUAAGCUUUGCUCGUAUGCUGCUCACACGGCUAGCGUAG